AUGAACGGCUACGCGCGCUUCACUGUGCGCAUGUCUCGCGGAGUGAUAGAGUCAGUGGUCCGCACGUCCCCCAUCACACCCCACGCCGUCACUCAUGCCGCUGCUGCUGCCGCUGAUGGUGAUGGUGGUGCUGACAGUACUGCUGAUGCUGAUGCUGCUGCUGCUGCCGAAGCUGGUGAUGCAGCAGCAGGUGCAGGUGACAGGGAUGUACACGUUAUAGACGGAACCAAUAAGAUGCUGCUGCCAGGGAUGGUCAACGCAUACACGCACAGCAUAGAGGCAUGGGGCCGAGGGGGGAUUGUGCCACUGCCCCUGGAGCUGUGGGUGAAUUCGCUUUUUACCCACAUGGACCCCCGAGGACCCAACCCCUCGAUUUCCCCGGAUGUGGUGUAUUGGGCAGCCCUGCACACGGCAGUAGAGACCAUCUUGACUGGAGGCACGGCCGUGAUGGAUCACCUGCUCCAGAGCCGAUCGCGCUACCCGGACGGCGGGUGUGUGAAGCUUCUCAAAGACAUCGGGUGGCUGUCCCUCCCUGGGACCUCGUGUGCUCACUGCGUGUGGCUGGAAGAUGACGAGCAAGCGAUCAUGGCGGAGUGCGGGGCAGUGGCGGUUCACAACCCGGUCUCCAACCUGCGCCUCGGCUCGGGCGUUGCUCCCAUAAGAGCAUACCUCGAUAAGGGCAUUACCGUGGCUAUCGGGUGUGAUGGGCAGUGCUCGAACGACUCUCAAGACAUGCUGGAGGCCAUGAAGAUGGCGUGUAUUGUGAAUCCCCUCACAACCCCCGAGUAUCGCCACUGGUUAUCGCCAAGGGAGGUGCUCAAAAUGGCAGCAGAGGGAGGCGCGGCAGCAGUGGGCAUGAGAGGGCAGGCGGGUCAAAUCAAGCCUGGAUACAUGGCGGAUGCAGUGCUGGUCGACCUGACUGCUCUCUCCAUGCUGCCUCGAGCCGACCCUGUGGGUCAACUGGUGCUCACCCGGCAAAGUUCUGGCAUUGCAGGAAACACGGUGCAUUCGGUGUGGGUCAACGGGCGGCUUUUGCUAUCAGAUGGAGUCCCGACAACAGUUGAUUUGGCUCCUCUUCGGGAAGCGCUAAUGAAGCAGCAGCCUCAAUACAUGGACCCAAAAAUCACUGAUGUGAAAGGAAGACCGAUUGAGGUGGAGUAUCGUGCAGCUAUGGGGCUGGACGCCCCGCUUGGAAAGCAUAAUCAGAGCCACACCUCUAAUUACCCUAACUUCAGGGUCAAUUACCCUGCUGACAUUCCUAAGUCUUGA